UUUGUUGCAGGGAUACUCAAUACGUUGAAUGUGAUUUCAAACUUUCCUUCUCUUGUGAUUGGUAUAGUUGGGCUUGUACUUUGCCUUCAUGGAAGCUUCAGGCUAAGCCUGCAAGGUGAAGUCUGGGGCUGGCCGUGCUUCUUCAUUGGCGUGGCUGCUGUUGUUUUUGGUUCCUCCUAUCACCAUCUCAAGCCAAAUGAUGCUCGACUUGUUUGGGAUCGACUACCUAUGACCAUUGCGCUCACAUCAAUCAUGGCAAUCUUCAUCAUUGAAAGGAUUGAUGAAAAGACUGGAACGACAUCAAUUGUACCAUUAGUUAUGGCGGGUAUACUAAGCAUUUUAUAUUGGAGAUUCUUUGAUGAUUUACGCCUAUAUGCACUUGUUCAGUUUGUCCCCUGUAUCAUUAUACCUUUGAUGGCUAUAUUAAUUCCUCCAGUGUAUACACAUUCUGCUCAUUGGCUAUUGGGCCGCAGUGGUACCAUUUUUGUUUUUGUUUUGUUAUGGUAA